AAUCGCUGCGCACGCUGAGGGGUCGUUGUCAGAGUGGGUUCCGGCGGCGCGGCCUGUGCUCGCGGCCAUGUGGGCUCUCGCUAUGUUCCUGCUGCUGGUGACGGCGUUCUUGUGGAUUCGGAGGCCGCAGAGACCACCUAACUUUCCGCCGGGCCCUCCAACAUUUCUCAUCUUUGGCAAUAUUUGGACGGUGAUUGAGUGGAUUCGGGGCAAGAUUAUAGCGAGCACGGAGCAUUGUCGGCACAAGUUUGGAGAUAUUUUUGGCUUUGUCCUUCCCACUGGUGACAAGAUUGUGCACAUUUGCGACUUUGAAGACAUCAAAGAGGCCUGCGCGACGCAAGAACUGUCUGGAAGACCGAACAGUUUUGUCGUGCUGCUCCGCAGCUUCCAACAAAAGCUUGGUAUAGCCUUCAGCGAAGGCCCCACCUGGAUGGAGCACAGGCGCUUUGUACUGAGACAUCUCAGAGAUCUGGGCUUCGGGAAAAACUCCAUGGAGUCGACAGUUUUGAACGAAUUCGAAGAGCUCUCCCAGGAGAUGAGGCGUGACGUUGACUCACCGAUGAAGGUCAACUUCCGCUUCAACCUGACGGUGCUCAACAUACUCUGGAGAAUGGUCGCCGACAAGCGGCUGGAGAGUAGUGAUCCCAAGGCCCAACACUACAUCGCGACGGUCAACGAAUUCUUCACCCUUAUUGGUCCGGGUAACCCGAUGAACAUGGCGCCGUGGCUGCGUCACAUCGCCCCUGAGUGGAGCGGCUACGCGCCGCUGAUCCGACAUCGCGAGACCACGGUCGGCAUGUUCCACGAGGUGGUCCACGAGCAUCGGCAGACGUUGGACCGGUCCAGCCCACGCGACUUCAUCGACCAGUUCCUGCUGGAGAUGGAGAAGCCAGACGCUGAGGCUCGCCUCUUCACAGAACGCAACCUGUCCAUCAUCGGCAUGGACUUGUUCAUCGCUGGCAUGGAGACGACGUCCACCUCUCUGAGCUGGGCGUUGCUCUUCAUGGUCAAGUAUCCGGAGGUGCAGAGUCGCGCGCAGCGCGAGAUCGACGCUGUUCUUGGCGGAAGUCCGCCAACCUACGACGACCGCACGCGCAUGCCGUACACUGAAGCCACGCUGAUGGAGGUGAUGCGGCGUUCCAACGUCCUCCCUCACGCAGUGCCGCACAGUGCACUGAGCGACCUCUCGUUCCGCGGCUACACCAUCCCCCAGGGCACCACGGUGAUCAUGCACCUGAACAUGGUGCACAUGGACCCGGCGUACUGGGGUGACCCGGAGGCGUUCAGGCCCGACCGGUUCCUGCACGCCGACGGUAGCGUGCGCCGUGAUGAGCGGCUCAUCCCGUUCGGCAUCGGGAAGAGGUUUUGCCUGGGAGAGACGCUGGCGCGCAUGGAGAUGUUCAUGCUCUUCACCUGUCUACUGCAGCGUUUCAGCUUCACCGCCGUCCCAGGGCAGAAACUCUCGCUGGAGACCAGGUUCGCGGUUGUGCAGCAGCCUCCCGAGUUCUUCGUGACCUACAAGCCGCGUGAUUAGCCAGUAUGACCUACAAGCCGCGUGACUAGUCUUUAUUUCCUACAAGCCGCGUGGUUAGUCGUUAUGACCUACAAGCCGCGUGACUAGCCUUUGUGACCGACAAGCCGUGCGACUGGCAUUUAUGACCUACAAGCCGCGUGACCAGCUUGUAUGACCUUUAAGUCGCGCGACCGGCCUUUAUGACCCACAAGCCACGUGACUAGCUUGUACGACCGUCAAGCCGCGUGACCGGCCUUUAUGACCUACAAGUCGCUUGACUAGCUUGUAUGACCUACAAGCCGCGUGACUGGCCUUUAUGACCCACAAGCCGCGUGACUAGCCUUUGUGCUCUACAAGUCGCGUGACCGGCCUUUGUGACCUAAAAGCCACGUAACUGGCCUGAUGGCCUACAAGCGGCGUGACUAGUCUUUAUGACUUACAAGCCACAUGAUUAGAGGUGAGGUGGCGGCUAUGCACUUGCUCGAGCACCUUUGGAGUCUGGAUACCAUGUAACACUUGCAUGUCUGCCACCCACAUUGUUCUCGCAUCUUCAUAACCAAACGGCAAAUAGAGUGGGUGGCGCUCUCCGCCUCCACCAUCAUAUAGCUAUAAUGCCCGCCUAAAUCGCACGUGGUGUAAUAACGCAGAGUUUAAAAGCGGCGAAGGUAUUAGAAUAGACCAGCGCCUGUGUGGGUUUAAGUCUGCACUUAACACAUUUCAUAAUUUGUGCCGUUCUUUCACCAUCUGGAAUAUUGUCAUCGUAAUAUGGGCAGAUCUGAUGUGGUGUGGGUUUAUGUCUCUGAUUGGUGUGCGGACCGGCACUGACGUUAGCGUUUUCUGUCAUGAAUACAUCUGGCAACAGUAUAGGCUACACAGCUGUCAUUUUUGUCUGCGUAGUUUCGAUGACGUUACCAUCCACAGCUGCUCGAGGCGGUCGCCUAGCGGGAAUGUCCGACAGAUAGUGGCUGACGUGUCGUGGCCAUACCUUCUUUUGACACGGUACGCG